GGCAUCCUUUUGUGGGGCAGUAGUACAUACGGACUCCCAUUUAUCCAGUAUUAUUUUUCUUAGAAAAUACUUUGAUACAUCCAGGCAGAAUGAGGGAAAUCGUGCACAUUCAGGCUGGCCAGUGUGGUAACCAGAUUGGUGCCAAGUUUUGGGAGGUGAUCAGCGAUGAACACGGAAUUGACCCCACUGGCACCUACCAUGGGGACAGCGACCUGCAGCUAGACAGAAUCAGUGUCUACUAUAACGAAGCCACAGGUGGCAAGUAUGUGCCCAGAGCCAUCCUAGUGGACCUGGAGCCCGGUACCAUGGACUCUGUUAGGUCCGGACCCUUUGGACAGAUCUUCAGGCCAGACAACUUUGUGUUCGGUCAGAGUGGCGCUGGAAAUAACUGGGCAAAGGGCCACUACACUGAAGGCGCUGAGCUUGUAGAUUCCGUCCUGGAUGUAGUUCGCAAAGAGGCCGAGAGCUGUGACUGUCUGCAGGGCUUCCAGCUCACCCAUUCCCUGGGUGGGGGCACAGGCUCCGGCAUGGGCACCCUGCUGAUCAGCAAGAUCCGGGAGGAGUACCCCGACCGCAUCAUGAACACCUUCAGCGUGGUGCCCUCCCCCAAAGUGUCUGACACCGUAGUCGAGCCCUACAAUGCCACCCUGUCAGUCCACCAGCUUGUAGAGAACACAGACGAAACCUACUGCAUUGAUAACGAGGCCUUAUACGAUAUCUGCUUCCGCACCUUGAAGCUCACCACCCCCACCUACGGAGACCUUAACCACCUGGUGUCCGCCACCAUGAGCGGUGUCACCACCUGCCUGCGUUUCCCUGGCCAGCUCAACGCUGACCUCCGAAAACUGGCAGUCAACAUGGUGCCCUUCCCCCGUCUGCACUUCUUCAUGCCCGGUUUUGCCCCCCUCACCAGCAGAGGGAGCCAGCAGUACCGUGCUCUCACUGUGCCUGAGCUAACCCAGCAAGUAUUCGAUGCCAAGAACAUGAUGGCUGCCUGCGACCCACGUCAUGGGCGCUACCUGACAGUGGCAGCUGUCUUCCGUGGUAGAAUGUCCAUGAAGGAGGUCGAUGAGCAGAUGCUGAAUGUCCAGAACAAGAACAGCAGCUACUUCGUUGAGUGGAUCCCCAACAACGUCAAAACCGCCGUUUGCGAUAUCCCACCAAGGGGUCUCAAAAUGGCCGUCACCUUCAUCGGCAACAGCACAGCCAUCCAGGAGCUGUUCAAGCGCAUCUCCGAGCAGUUCACCGCCAUGUUCCGCCGCAAGGCUUUCCUGCACUGGUACACCGGAGAGGGCAUGGACGAGAUGGAGUUCACCGAGGCCGAGAGCAACAUGAACGACCUGGUGUCCGAGUACCAGCAGUACCAGGAUGCCACUGCUGAAGAAGAGGGCGAGUUUGAAGAGGAGGCUGAAGAGGAUGCUUAAAAAAACCACAAAAAACAAACAAGAAGGGGUUUGGUGGGGGGUGGGGGCAAAAAAUAAAGCAA